CUAUAUAUGGUUGGCCAUCAUGAUGAUAACAACAAACUUUAAUUAGCUUGAUCUUUCUUGAUAAAUCGUGCGUAAGAAAACGUGGUAAUAUUCGUCAAAAUGCAAGUACCUCCUAUUUUUAUGGAAUUACCCUUAGAAGACCAGGCGCAAGAACUAAGGAUAUAUUUUAAAAAUUUAGGAGCUGAGAUAAGUGAAGAAAAGUCUCCUAAAGGAAUAGAAGAUGAUUUACAUAAAAUUAUCGGUGUUUGCGAAGCUUGUUUCAAAGAAGGGAAUGAAAGUGAAAUAGAAACAGUUCUAAAUGAUAUUGUAUCUAUUAUGAUUGUGAUUCCUACCGAACGGGCAGAAAAUCUAAUAUUAGCAUUUUGCGAAAAACUAACGAAAGCUCCUGGUUAUAAACUGGGUUUAGUAUGUCUAAAAGCAUUAUGGUUAUUAUUUCAAUCUCUUCCCGAUGAUUCUCCUAUGAGGUAUCAUGUCUAUUAUCAUUUAGUUCAAAUUGCUCGUAAUGUGGAUCAAGUAAAAGCUGUAUAUGGUGGAAUAGAUCAAUUAAAACAACAGUUUGCAUCACUUCCACCAUCAAAUGAACAAAUGCAAAAAUUACUUCGAUUGCUUCAUGAAGUACUUUUAAGUUGUAAACAGGGGGAACAAGCUGCUGCUGUUAUGGUAGAACUUUUAGGCACAUAUACAGCAGAAAAUGCUUCUGCAGCUAGAGAAGAUGCACAACGUUGCAUUUUAGCUGCAUUGGCAGAUCCAAAUACAUUUUUGCUAGAUCCGUUAUUGGCAUUAAAACCUGUAAGAUUUUUAGAAGGGGAACUCAUUCAUGAUUUACUUCUUGUCUUCGUACAAGAUAAAUUACCUGCAUACUUAGAUUUUUAUCAACAUCAUAAAGAAUUUGUAGAACAUCAGCUUGGAUUAAAUCACGAGCAGAAUAUGAAAAAAAUGAGGUUAUUAACGUUUAUGCAACUGGCAGAAACAAAUCCUGAAAUGUCGUUUGAUACAAUUCAGGAAGAACUACAAAUUAAUGAAAAUGAAGUAGAAAGUUUUAUUAUUGAUGUUUUAAAAACAAAACUCGUUAGAGCUCGUAUGGAUCAAGCUGGGCGCAAAGUUCUCAUUUCAAGUACUAUGCAUAGAACAUUUGGCAAACCACAAUGGAUGCAAUUGCGCGAUUUACUUGCAGCCUGGAAAGCAAAUUUAACUGCUGUACAAGAGGGUAUGAAAUCUGUAGCUGCUGCCCAAAUGGAACUUGCUGGAAAAAAUAAAGCUUCGAUCACCCAUUGAUGAUUUAAUUUAUGUGUAUGUAAUUAAAAAUUUACGUAUACAUUAAUUGAAAAUCAAAUUUAAUUUUUUU